CACACACACACACACACACACACACACACACACACACACACACACACAGCGCCGUAUAAAUGCCAACAGCUGAUCGCAAGACGGCACACUCACGGGAACACCUCGCGGACGUUGCAGAAAGAGAGAGAGAGACCGAGGGGAAGAGAGAGAGAGAAGAGAGAGACAUACAGAGAGACGGAAGCUGUCGAUCCAUUUGGCCGAAGGGAAUCUUAUUGUGAUUUUUUUUUACCGACCUGAGUAUUAGUCAUUUACGGGAAUUAAGGACUAUUUCUGCGGGAGGGAGAGAGAAGAGCAAGGUGUCCGACAUUUUUGAAAGCUUCCAAAAUCGUCCUGUCUUUUUCUCCUCUUUCUAUUUUCUUCGCAUCCCUCCCUCCUCCUCUUCUUUCUCCCCCAUCUCUUCGUCCUCUUCUUUAAAAGGAGCCCGGGACCGCUGCACGCGCUACAGGGUGCCUUCCACCGUUAUUUAUUUAUUUUUUUUAAUUUUGAGUGCUCACGAGCCUCAGCCCCCUGUCCGCGAGCACAGAGUGCGCGUGGCACCCCCCGGUGGGAGCUGUCCGGUGCUGAAGUUGCAUUUCUCACCCUCUCUGCACUGGGACUAAAGCAGAGAGACAGCCGACAGCCAGAAAGACAGAAACAGAAAAGCAAGACUAACUAAGCGUUGGUUGAAAGUACAACUAUUUUACCGGAUCAACUCACAGCUCGCGAUUCCUCCAAAACCUGAAGACAAUCUUCCUCCGGUUCGCCUGUCUUGUUGGUGUGUAACGGGCGAAUCAGCACGCUGGCCAGGCCGUUGGCAAACGGCUGUGUUUGUGAGUGUGUCUCGUUGUGUUUGUGAGUGUGUGUGUGUGUGUGUGUGUGUGUGUGUGUGUGUCGGUGUCGCACCACCAUGCCAAGGUCGUUCCUGGUGAAAAAGGUGAAACUAGAUGAUUUCUCCAACGGAGCGGAUUUGGAGAACGUCUACCGGCACAGGACAGACCUCAGCCUGCGGCUCCGUGACAAAGCUGGUUACAUCAGUGACUACAUCAGCCCUGUUGUGUACGAUGGUGAGAGUGACGGUGGGAUCAAGGUGCCCUCCCCUGACCCCCUCUACGAUGGUAUCCACAGUGACUACGGGGCCCCUGACUCGGAGUCUCCUGACAGUCCCGGCUCAGAAAUCACUGACGGCUACAUCAAUGGUGAUGCUGCUGUGAGUGAGGGGUACACAGUCGAUGCCUUCUUCAUCACAGACGGCCGCUCGAGGAGGAAAGCUAUCAGCAGUCCCAGGACCAUCCAGAGGCACACCUGCAAUGAGUGCGGAAAAACCUACGCCACGUCUUCCAACCUGAGUCGGCACAAACAGACACACCGCUCGCUGGACAGUAAGCUGGCAAAGAAAUGUCCAACCUGCGGUAAGGUGUAUGUGUCCAUGCCCGCCAUGGCCAUGCACCUGCUCACUCACGACCUCAAGCACAAGUGUGACGUGUGUGGGAAAGCGUUUAGUCGACCCUGGCUUUUACAGGGCCACAUGCGCUCUCACACGGGUGAGAAGCCAUUUGGAUGCGCCCACUGCGGCAAGGCCUUUGCAGACCGCUCAAACCUGCGCGCUCACAUGCAGACCCACUCGGCCUUCAAGCACUUCAAGUGUAAACGCUGCAACAAGACCUUCGCUCUCAAAAGUUACCUGAAUAAGCACUACGAGUCUGCCUGUUUCAAAGGCCCCUUCUCUUCUCUCAGCCCCCUAGAUGAAUGACCCCCUGCAUAGAUUAAACAAUAGACAAAACUGCAGACAUAAAUUGCCGUUAUCCCAACAGACUGAACUGCAGACACAAACAAUCUAUUUUUGGUCAUAAUAUGACCUUGCUUUCCCUCCUCUCCCUAUCUCACUUUCCCCCACCUUGCUUUCCUUUGGAGCCUACUCAUGAUGAUGAAGAUAGCACAAUUUUUCUCCUUGAGAUUUGCCCACUUAAGGAUUUAACUGAUCUACGCAUGCACUUCCUCAAAAAACACUUCACCGCCUCUUCCUCUAUCUGCUCUGGAUGGAGACCAUAAUACUAACACGGCUUUCUUCUGGCAUCUAGAUACAGUAUGGCAUCAUAUAUUCUAGGACACUGAUGAUGAUGAUGACGAUGAUGACGAGGAUGAUGAGGAUGAUGACAAAGACAUUAGGAAGACUAUAGCUAUUGGGUUCCUCCCUGCACUGAAACGCAGUGAAAGAGUUAUUCCUUCUGAUUUAGUUUUUUUGGGGAAUAAUAGUAGUAAUAAUAGUAAUAAUAAUGAUAAUAAUAAUGUUCUGCUGCACCAAGUGACCAUAUUCUCUCCACUACCGAGGUAAAAAUACUAUUUAUUUACUUAUUUAUUUUAGCUUUUUGCUUUCCCUUUUUAUUUGUUUUAUGUUUAUAUUUGAUUUGAUAACAAUGAAGGGAUGCCAUUAACUUAUUUGUUGCACUUUAAUUUCUGUUUUUGGAUAUCUGAAAACCUCUUUUUAUUACUACAGGCCAAAGCAUAUGUCACUUUUUUAAGUACUAUUUCUUUCCUAUUAUAUUGUUUAACUUUUUUCUUACUAACAUUAUUGCAUGCAAAAAAAAUGAAAUCUAUGCCAACAUCAUAAAAGCUUAUGAUUUUUUGCCAAAUUCCUAUAGAUAGAACCUGAGGGCAAUAUUUUUCUCUUGGAGCCUACGACUCUUUAAAAGCAAUAAUCACCUAAUGCAUGGUAUUUUAUGAUGAAGUAUUACCUACUACUGUAUAGCAGUUUAAAAAUCAGGUAUGUUUUACUUCACGUAUAGUCAUAAACAGAAAAAGACUAAUAUUACAGACAUCAGGGAACUUGCCAAUGUAGUGUUAGAUUAACAAAAAGAAAAGUCCUGUCUUUCCUCUUUUGUUAUGCACUGCCUGCCUCUUAGUGAGUAGAACUAAUGUAGGAUGUAGGCUAGAGAGGCUGGGAUCAGCUGCCUGCUGGUUGUGAGGCCUAUUGUAGGAUAACUGUUACCCUGACAGACCUGUGCUUGGCUAACUCUAGCAUGAAAUAAGCCUGCUAACAAUAACCAGGGGAGGUCUAAUUUUGGUUUAGGCCUCUCAACGUGCAUUGGAUUAUUGGCCAUUCGUGAAAGUUCUGUAGUUUAUUAAAGGUCCUGGGAUGUUUAAAUGGCACCUAAAUGUGUUGAAAACAUAUUUUCUGUGUCAUGCAGGCAAAUAACAAUAGGCCUUUAACAUACUUUUUUAUAACAAUAUUUGUCCUCAUACAGAUAAACAAUAAAAUAAGGUUAAUACAGAAAUCAGAUUGCACCAAGAUGUUCACCAACCAACAUGAUAGUAAGCAUAUGG